CAGGUCAACAAAUUGGUUAUUUACUUUUAAUUGGAUGUGGUCUUGGUUUGAUAGCUCAAACUACAUUACUUUCUCUACAAAGUUGUGUAGAGAUUGAAUAUUUGGCUAUUAUUACUGCUAUGUAUAAUUUUAGUCGUAUUAUUGGUGGUAUUUUUGGUGUAGCGAUUUUAGGUGCAAUUUUCAAUAAUGUACUUUCUCAAGGACUUGUAAACUAUUAUUCUAAACAACCCCCAGGAACAUUUGAUAUUGAAUUAGCAAGAAGUGAACCCUUGUAUCUUUGGCAACUAACUGAUAUGGAUGUAAAACAAAAUCUCAUGCAAAUUUACGUUAAUGCAUUACAAGCUGCUUAUAGACUUGAUAUUCCGAUUUUG